CUUUUUAGCUAGUGCUACUGGCAGCACAGUGAGCGCACACAAGUGGAUCCCUGUGCGGCUUUUUGGAGACCAUCAUUCCCUCCUCGUGUGUAGGCAGAGUGAGUGUAGCCGUGGACUGAUCUGGCUCAGCGGACUAAUCUAAUCAACGGAAUGCUUCCCCAAGUCGUUGUUCACAGUGAAAACUGAAGUGGUCAAUGUCAACGAUUCCUCCGAGGGCGAUGGGCUGGUGUGCAGGUGAGCCAACGUGAGAACAGGCUCCCCCGUCGGAAGCGCUUCGCACAUGGGAACUGUGUCACUCGACCUUAUCCGCAUUUGGACAGUUUGAAGACAGACUCAGAGACAUGUCAAGAGACAGCAUGACAGCUGUACGAGGAGCCCACUCACACAAUGCUUCCCCUAAAGAGAACGGACACACUGCACCGAGCCCCGCUCAGCCCAGCGCCAACUUUCCCCAUCCCUCUGCGGGGAACACACCCGAUGACACCCCGGUCUCCUCUACCAGCGAGCUGACCCAGACCUGGGUUCACUUCGCUAAAACGUUUGUGCUCAUCUUCCCUAUUUACGCAUUGGGGUAUUUUGAGUUCAGUUUCAGCUGGCUGCUGAUUGGACUUGUUAUCUUUUUCUGGUGGCGGAGAAACACAGGAGGGAAACACAGCCGAGUGAGCCGAGCUCUGGCUUUCUUUGAACAGGAGGAGCGAAGUGCCACGCAGGGUCUGACCACCUCUGAUUUACCACCAUGGGUUCACUUCCCAGAUGUAGAGCGAGUGGAGUGGCUAAACAAGACGGUGAAACAGAUGUGGCCGUACAUCUGUCAGUUUGUGGAGAAACUGUUCCACGAGAUGAUCGAGCCGGCGGUGAAGGAGUCCAACGCCCACCUCAGCACCUUCUGCUUCAGCAAGAUUGACAUAGGGGACAAGCCGCUGAGGAUCAAUGGGGUCAAGGUGUACUCAGAAAAUGUGGAUAAGCGACAGAUCAUUAUGGAUCUGCAGAUCAGCUUUGUCGGCAACACAGAGAUCGAUGUUGACAUCAAACGCUACUACUGCAAAGCCGGCAUCAAGAGCAUCCAGAUCCACGGUGUGCUGAGGGUGGUGAUGGAGCCACUGCUGGGCGAUAUGCCACUUGUUGGAGCUCUGUCUCUGUUCUUCCUCAAGAAGCCACUUCUGGACAUAAACUGGACCGGCCUCACCAAUAUACUGGACAUUCCUGGGCUCAAUGGCUUCUCUGACAGCCUGAUUCAAGAUAUUAUCUACAGUUAUUUGGUUUUGCCAAAUCGUAUCACGAUCCCACUGGUGGGAGAUGUGGAACUGGCCAAACUACGCUUCCCGAUGCCAAAGGGAGUCCUAAGGAUUCACUUUCUGGAGGCUCAGGAUCUGGAAGGGAAGGAUAAAUUUCUGGGCGGGCUAAUUAAGGGCAAGUCCGACCCCUACGGUGUCCUGCAGAUCGGCAACCAGUUGUUUCAGAGCAAGACUGUUAAGGAAAGCCUCCAUCCCAAGUGGAACGAAGUUUACGAGGCUCUGGUGUACGAGCACUCAGGUCAGCAUCUUGAGAUUGAGCUGUUUGACGAGGAUCCGGACAAAGACGACUUCCUGGGAAGCCUCAUGAUUGAUAUGACUGAGCUGCACAAAGAGCAGAAGGUUGAUGAGUGGUUCGAUCUAGAAGAAGCCCCCACUGGGAAACUCCAUUUGAAACUGGAGUGGCUGUCUCUGCUCUCCACUCCUGAGAAGUUGGACCAGGUGCUGCGGAGUGUGCGUGCAGACAGAAGCCUGGCCAAUGACGGACUGUCGUCAGCACUGCUGGUGGUCUAUCUGGACUCAGCCAAGAACCUGCCAAGCAACCUGUCAGAUUUCACCUAUGACGGGUUGAAGCAAGUCUCAGUCUUUAAGGCCCUGAAGUCUGCCAAGAAGAGUAGCAGUGAACCCAGCCCUUAUGUUCAAUUCACAGUUGGACACAAAACACUGGAGAGUAAGAUCCGGUACAAGACGAAGGAGCCUCUGUGGGAAGACUGUUUCUCCUUCCUCGUCCACAAUCCCAGGAGGCAGGAGCUCGAGGUGGAGAUAAAAGAUGACAAGCACAAGUGCACCCUGGGUAACUUGACGGUGCCGUUGAGUGGCCUGCUGGUGGAGGAGGACAUGACGCUGACUCAGUGCUUUCCUCUGAAGAACUCGGGGCCCAGCUCCACCGUCAAGCUCAAGAUGGCCCUCAGGAUCCUGUCCUUGGAGAAGCAGGUUUCCUCAGACCAGCCUUCGUCCGUCCAGGUCAGGAAGUCCAGUGUGCCGCAGCCGGCCGCCGCCCCUUCCCCGAGACCGUCGUUCUCAGAUUCCCUGCUGUCGCCACCCACACCUCCGCCGCCGAUAGACGCUUCCACGCUCACCCUCCAGCACAGGGAUGGCGAGCCGUACUCAGCCAGUCCUCGCCGCAGCACCUCCAACCUGAGCACCUGCAUGUCCAGCUCCCAGAAACACCUGCCUCACAAGGAGUCCACGCCCAGCCUGGCCUCGGAUAUCUCGCUGCCGUUUGCCACCUUGGAGCUCCAGCAAAGACUUCGACAGUUGCAGAACGGCUCGGCCCCCAGCCAGUACCCCCUGGGUGAGGUCCAGCUGACCAUUCGACACAGCUCCCAGAGGAACAAGCUCAUUGUGGUGGUGCACGCCUGCCGUAACUUGAUAGCCUUCACCAAAGAUGGCUCUGAUCCCUUCAUACGCCUCUAUUUGCUGCCUGACAAGAGCCGGACGGGGAGGAGGAAGACGAGCACAAUGAAGAGGACCCUUAACCCUGUUUAUGAUCAGACGUUUGAGUUUAGUGUCUCUAUGGUGGAGCUCCACAGAAGAACUUUGGAUGUAGCAGUGAAGAACGGAGGGAGUAUUUUGUCCAAACACAAAGGGCUUUUGGGAAAGGUGCUGGUAGAUUUAGGUGGGGAUGAUAUAUCAAGAGGAUGCACACAAUGGUAUGAUCUGAGUGAAGAUGGUCUGUCGUCACAAGGCAUAAGAAGAAUCCAAGACCCCCUCCUCACGUAGUGAAACCCCCUCUCACCUCUCUGCUGUAAAAUAGUCAUCUUGUUAAAGGGCACAGCAUUCAGUUGUAUUCAUAUUUUUCAUGUAGUUUACAGGAAUAAUUUCAGCAUGUAAGAAGGUUUUCAAGCAUUUCCUGUUAUUAUUUCAUGUUGAAGAUUGGAAGAUACUGUAACAUAUUGCAAUGCAUCGAGACACACAAACUGCCUUGUCUCUCUUUUCAGUGUUUUGUGUAAAUAUUGCAGAUGUAUAGUUACAAGAACUUGCAGGGGUUUUCAUGGCAUUAUACUUUCUAUUAAAAUCUGUCACAAUUCUUACCACUUUCCGUCCAGGUUGUUUAAUGUCUGAGAAAACCUCGUACCAAAGGAACAGAUACAAUCACGAAAGUAGGCUUAAGUAGCAGUCUCGACUUUGGUGUUUUGUUUUUGUUUGUUUCUGUUAUGCAGUGUUAUUUGAUUGUUUACCUCCUGUUGUUCUUUAUGCUUGAUUACAAACGUGGAAUGCACAUUAUGCAAGGAAUAAAGUGAUUGCUCUGUAUAUGAUAAGAGAUUGUGCAAUAUUGUUUGUUCUGAGAUAAUGCAGACCUGUGGACAUUUUAGGGCUAUGAACAAGUGCUGUACAAUAUGAACACUGCAAAGGAUACUUGAAUAUGGGUUUGAUUGUUCUCAAACCAAAACGCGAGUUGAGCGAACUGCAAAGUAUGAGCAGAGCCAACAAUUAUUGCAUUUUUACGAGCAGGGCUGCUAGAAUCUGUUGCUAAGAUGAUGCAUCUGUGUCAUGCUUGUAUAUGUUUUGCAAUGCGGUUAUAACUGUUUGUUGGAGCUUUUAAUAAAUACUUGUAAUCUAUCCUGUGCCUUAAAAACCCAACAUGUCAAUUUUUUUGCCUUCUUAAUGUUAUUAUCUUGAAUGAUGCCUCAUGGCUUUUGAAUAAAUGGUUUCUCUUGUGAA